CUCAGAGGAAGAGUUCCUUAACAAUACCAUCAUCAAGCUGAGUUGACUUUAUCUCCACACUAUGCAACCAUGUGGCUUCUUGAUACUGCUACUUUUGAGCUCAAAGCGUUUCACAGCUCAGCUGGCGUCAAAUAUGCGAUCCUCUCACACACGUGGGGAGGCGACGAUGACGAGGUCACUUUCUAUGACAUGGCACACCUUCCGUGCUACCAAGAAAAACCUGGUUGGCAGAAAAUUGAGAAAACAUGCGAGCUUGCAAGAAGGAUGCAGUUGCAGUACGCCUGGAUAGACACGUGCUGCAUCGACAAGACGAGCAGCGCGGAAUUAAGCGAGGCAAUAAAUUCCAUGUUCUCUUGGUAUCGAGAUUCAUGGAUCUGCUUUGUCUAUCUAUCCACAUACGUGGAUGAAUCGCCGACGGCCCCCCCUAUCCGCAAUGCCUCCAUGGCCCAGGAACUGGCUAGAUAUAAGUGGUUUCAGAGAGGCUGGACGCUCCAAGAGCUGAUAGCACCAUCAAAGGUUACUUUCUUAGACCGAAGCUGGGAGCCAAUAGGAACGAAAAAGACUUUAUGUGACACUCUAGCAGAGGUUACGGGUAUUGACUCUGUGGUUUUGAGAAGUGUGGAGGCGCUGUCAACCAUCCAUGUUGGAAGGAAAUUCUCGUGGGCUGCGCAUCGCAGCACGAAGAGGGUUGAGGAUCUUGCCUACUGUCUCCUUGGAAUCUUUGAUGUCAAUAUGCCUCUGCUGUAUGGGGAAGGGCCUAAGGCCUUCAUUCGGUUACAAGAGGAGAUUAUCCGCUCAACGAACGACCUCACUUUGUUUGCUUGGCAGCAAGAUACCUCUUCUUCGGGACAGAAUGGACAGCUUCGUGCUAUCUUGGCUCAUUCCCCAAGCGAAUUCCGAUAUUGCGGCAAAUUACUAACCCUCGAAGAGAAGUUAGACGUUGAGACAGAGUUUACCUUGACUAAUAGAGGACUCCGGUUCGACAGGCAUCUUGGCGUGGCUAAUACGAAACCAAGCGACUUAUUGUCAGAUAAUGACCUAGUCCUGGGAUUAGAUUGCUUGGAACGGAGCGAACGCACAGAAAAUGUCCCUAGAUGGGUUGGAAUUUAUCUACGCAAAAUUGGAUCCACAUAUGUCCGGGUCAUGCCUGACAACCUCCAUUACUCAACAUCAAGAGUUUCGCGCCUCAAUCUAGCGAUGAAACAAGUCGCUUACACCGCAACCUCUUUGUCCGACUUGGACAUGGAAGUUAUACAUGAGAAUCGAACUGUGAGUAUUUUCUACCACAGUACUCUUCAUGCUGUCAUCCCGUACGAUUUUCGGGCAAACCUAUCUGGUAGCCGCAUUUCAUAUGGUUCUAUGUAUUACAUAGACAGCUUUGCAUCUCGCGGCUUGCGUAGCUGCAUGUUUUUGCAUCUAUUCAUGAUUAAAGUUGGGAAGCCGCUGCAAGAGUAUCGUUUUGCUCUUGUAUGCGGUCUUCAAGGCCGAACGAAGUUUGAGCGUAUUGAACAGAGCCCGUGGGUUCAUUUAUGUGCCGAGGCGGAGUUCUCACAUUUGCCAAAUCAUCCAAUUUGCAAACUGGGUGCCUUCAAACAGGCCACAAACGAGGAUAACGGGAUGACUUUUGAGGAAAGGACAGGUAUUUUCCGAGACUAUAUCUUUGAGAACUAUUUGGAUAGCACGGGCCAACUAAGUCAGAGCUCAAUGUGCAAAAGCCUUUCCAUCGAAGAUCACGAGAUAUCCGUUCGUGUUGAUCAUGCUUCAGAGCACAGUUGGUCAGAGUGCAGUUCUAGAUAUACCUACAUUAUUAGGUUGUCUUAUAGUAAAUGUCUUAAAAAGACUUAAUGAGAUUUCAAGUAUAU